GCACCGCACUGCACGGAGCCAUGCACUGAGUGUGGAGCAAAUGGUUUGUGUGGCCUUGCGCUUUUUGCUAGUGGAGCCUUCCUGUACUCAGUGGGGGAUGCAGAACAGCUGAACAAGGCCACAAUUUGCCGCACAAUAAGGAGUGUGUGUCUGGCUAUCAAAGCAUUAGCAGAUGUCUUCAUCUCCUUCCCUGGCCACAGAAGACUCUGUGACAUCAAAGAGGAGUUCUAUAGGAUUGCAGGUUUCCCCAAUGUCAUUGGUGCAGUGGACUGCACACACAUAAGGAUAAAAGCCCCCUCAGGUGCCCAUGAGGCCGAUUUUGUGAAUAGGAAAUCCUUUCACAGCAUUAAUGUUCAGAUGGUCUGCAAUGCUGACUGUGUGAUCAGCAAUGUUGUGGCAAAAUGGCCUGGCUCAGUCCAUGACUCCAGAAUCUUUCGGGCCUCUGAAAUCUAUCAGUGCCUAUCACAAGGUGAAUUCUCUGGUGUGUUGCUGGGAGACAGGGGGUAUGGCUGCCAGCCUUUUCUCCUGACACCUUUCACAGACCCCCAGGAAGCACAGCAGGCCUACAACCAUGCCCAUGCCAGGACCAGGGCCAGAGUUGAAAUGACCUUUGGCCUCCUGAAGGCACGCUUUCACUGCCUUCACAAAUUAAGGGUCAGCCCUGUUAGGGCAUGUGAUAUUACUGUGGCUUGUGCUGUCCUCCACAAUGUGGCCUGCCUGAGGAAGAGAGGGCCCCCAGAGUGCCACCAGCCAUGGACUGGGACAAUCCGGCAAUCUUCCCUGAUGACGACAGUGGUCGGCUGCUGAGGGACCAAUAUGUGUUGAAUUAUUUUAGUUAGUAUGUGUGCUUUCAAUUUUGGUUAAAUAUGUCCUGCGGUGGCAGAGGAAUUUGGGUUUUUUUGGGUUCGUUUUUUGACAAAUUUGGCCUCUUAUGAUGUUUGUGCGGUAUACUGUGUGUAAUACAAGGCUGCAGGGAGGCUACUGCAUCCAUUCAUUUGUCUGUUCAGUUGAUGUGUAUGGAUUUGUCCUGCAUUUAUUUUAGUGUGCAGACAUGCAGGGUGUGUUAUAUACAGACCUUUGAAUGUGUAUGUAUCAUUUUGUAUAAUAUGCUUGGAUUCUGUGCUUUCCAUCUUGUAGAGUCACUGUGACUUCAGUUUCGAGGAGCUGAUGGUUUACCUGCUUUGUUUUGUCCUUAUUCAAUAAAGGAACAUAAUGUUACACAUUGUGUUUUUAUAUUCA